AUGUUGGGCCCUUCCACAGGACUCGACUUCCUAACUGGCCUCCUGGCCCUUUCCACCAACACCGCGGACUGUGCCUGUCGCUGCAUGCCUGGCGAUGCCUGCUGGCCCUCCCCCUCCACCUGGUCGCAGUUCAAUCAAUCGGUUGAUGGCCGGCUUAUUGCGACCGUGCCAUUGGGCGCGCCCUGUCACGGGGAUGCCUACAACGCCGCGGAAUGCGAUGCUCUAAGCGCGGAGUGGACGCAGCCGGAUUUACACUAUGAAUCUUCCUCCUCCAUCAUGGCUCCGUUCUUCGCCAAUGGCUCCUGCGACCCCUUCCACCCUGUCGACAAACCCUGCACAUUGGACAAUUACAUUGUCUACGCGGUCAACGCGAGCAAACCUGAUCAUGUCUCCAAGACAAUCCAGUUCGCGACAGUGAACAAUAUCCGCUUUGUAGUGCGCAAUACCGGCCAUGACUACAAUGGCAAGUCGACUGGGGCCGGUGCUCUCGGUAUCUGGACGCACUAUGUCAAGGAUAUUGAGAUCACAAGCUGGGAAGACCCGUGGUAUAAUGGAAACGCAAUCAAGCUGGGAGCUGGUGUGUCCGGUAUUGAGGCCUAUACUGCGGCCGACGCGCAGGGCCUGGAAGUUGUUGGUGGCGAGUGCCCGUCGGUGGGCAUUGCUGGGGGAUACACCCAGGGAGGGGGGCAUUCCUCAUUGGCAUCUGCGCAUGGCCUCGCGGCGGACCAGGUGCUCCAGUGGGAGGUGGUUGAUGGGAAGGGCAACUUCAUCACUGCCACGCGAGACAACAAGUACUCGGAUUUGUUUUGGGCGUUGAGCGGAGGGGGUGGUGGCACGUAUGGUGUUGUCUGGUCAAUGACUGUAAAAGCACACCCCGGCACGCCUGUUUCUGGGCUAAACUUGACUUUUACAAACGAGGGUAUCUCUCAGGAUACACUCUAUCGCGCUGUGUCUCUGUACCAUUCUACUCUCCCCUCUCUUGUCGACGCCGGUGCUAUGAGUGUCUGGAUGUUCACCAACACCAGCUUCACCAUCUCUCCGUUAACUGGUCCCAACAUCCCCGUCGCUCGACUGCAGGAACUGCUAGAACCAUUCACCGACGGCCUUGCUAAGCUCGGAAUUACCUACACCAUCCAUGCAGAGCAAUUCCCCAACUUCCUAUCCCAAUACAAUACAAUGCAGGGCGCCAUCGAAGUUAGCACAGCCCAGUACGGCGGCUGGCUAAUUCCACGCUCUGUAGUGACCGAGAACAAUGAAGCCCUCACAGCAGGCUACCGCAACAUUACCUCCUCGGGCGCUACCUUCAUCGGCGUGGGACUGGACGUCUCGCGUGCCGUUACCGGCGACGUGUACAACGCGGUCCUGCCCGCCUGGCGCGACACCCUCAUCGACACAACCAUCACGACACCCUGGGAGUGGGCUGCCGACACGGCUAUGCUCGCGCAGCAGCGCAAGAUGACAGAGGACUACAUUCCGAUUCUGCAGGCCCUGGCGCCGGAAUCGGGGGCGUACAUGAACGAGGCGGACUUCCGCCAGCCGAAUUGGCAGGAGGCAUUCUAUGGGGCGAACUAUGGGGCACUUAGGGCCGUCAAGGCUAGGUAUGACCCGAACAAUGUGUUCUAUGCAUGGCAAGCGGUUGGCUCGGAUGAGUGGGUUGCUUCUGAGGGGGGGCGGUUGUGCCGGGCGUUGAUAGAAACUCCGUAG